CUCCGCGGGCUUCCACCGCGCAUGUUUGUGCGUGGCUUCAUCAUGUGAUGCUCUCACGGUCACACAUCGAUGUAAGUGUCGGUGCAGCAGCAUGCUGGAGUAAGCAGCUGUUUGCAGAGCCAUCAGGAGGAGAGAUACUGUCCUGGAUGAAGCUCGUUUCAGCACCGGAGCUGCUUCCGAACUGAUGCUGUGAAGCGGUGAUGCUGCGCCCGAGCUGCUGCUGCUGAUCCCCCUCCUCCCCUCCUCUCUCUCUCGCUCGCUCUCUCUCUCUCUCUCUCUCUCUCUCUCUCUCUCUCUCUCUCUCUCCUCUUCUCUCCCUCCUCGCUCCUCUCCUCCACACGCACAAAACGCUCUGUCAUGGCGUCUUCCAACCAUGUUACCCCCACCAACUGUAGCUGGUGGCCCAUCUCAGCCAUGGAUGAAGACGGUAAAAUCACAGACGGGGAGGAGUGCGAGGAACCGACGGCAGAGCCCAAACCCUUCAAUAAAGACAGGCUCGUUUUGUACCACUGGACGCAGUCUUUCGCCUCCCAGAAGGUACGUCUAGUCAUUAAUGAGAAGGGCCUGGUGUGCGAGGAGAGGGAUGUGAGCUUGCCGCUGCAGGAGCACAAGGAGCCCUGGUUCAUGAGGCUGAACCUGGGCGAGGAGGUGCCCGUCUUCCUCCACGGAGACACCAUCAUCAGUGACUACAACCAGAUUAUAGACUACCUGGAGAAAAACUUUGUGGGAGACACGGUGGCUCAGCUGAUUCCUGACGCGGACUCGCCUCUCCAUGAGCGAGUGCAGCAGUACCGUCACCUACUGGACGGGCUGCCCAUGGACGCUUACACACACGGCUGCAUCCUCCAUCCAGAGCUCACCACCGACUCUAUGAUCCCAAAGUACGCCACCGCAGAAAUACGUAGACACCUGGCCAACGCUGCGACGGAGCUGAUGAAGUUGGACCAUGACGAGCCUCAGCUGAAAGAACCGUACCUGUCCAAGCAGAAGAAGCUAAUGGCGAAAAUCUUGGACCAUGAUAAUGUGAACUACCUGAAGAAAAUUCUGGGCGAGCUAGCCAUGGUUCUAGAUCAAGUGGAGGCUGAACUGGAGAAAAGGAAACUAGAGUAUCAAGGUCAAAAGUGUGAGUUGUGGCUUUGUGGACCUGAAUUUACACUAGCUGAUAUCUGCCUCGGAGCCUUGUUGCACAGGCUCAAGUUCUUGGGACUUUCUAAGAAAUACUGGGAGGACGGCAGCCGACCCAACCUGCAGUCCUUUUUUGUGCGAGUGCAAAAACGCUUCGCUUUUCGCAAGGUCUUGGGCGACAUCCACACGACCCUCCUGUCGGCGGUCCUACCCAACGCCUUCCGGAUGGUAAAAAAGAAGCCGCCAUCCUUCUUUGGGGCCUCUUUUCUCAUGGGCUCGCUGGGCGGGAUGGGCUACUUUGCCUACUGGUAUUUAAAAAAGAAAUACAUGUAGUGAAUGCCCUGUUGUUGUGUUAAAUGUCUGUGUAUUUGUGUGAUGUUUCAACUUUUCUGUAAUGUUUUAUGACUGCAGGAAAACAUAAUGAAUCUAUAUAGAGAACACUAUUACUUACCUGGGUGAACAAAGAAAUAUUAAAACAUUCCGUAAUAAGAAAUUCUUGACAGCACAUUUUCUGGUUAUCAAGGCCUUCAUGGAAUUUAAUUUCUGGAAACUUGCAGCUCUUGUGCAUGCAAGUCCUCAUUUAACUUUUGUUGGAGGCAUGCAUCAGGUCCGCUUACACUGAAAUCUUAAAGUAGAAACCCAGAUAAAACAUUGAACACAAUAACACCAACAGGGGUUAACUGACCUUCGCAUGCCACUAUUAUAAUCAUUAUUCAUAUCUGCUCUUCACUCCUCCAUCUGCCUGAGGUUUAACCAAUAAAACCACAGGAAUAUGUACAAAUAUUUUCUGAUAAGUGCUGUGCUGCCAGAAACUGCCAGAUGAAAUGAUGAAAGGAUGGAGGCAAACUUUAAAGGAAUGGUUUGACAUUUUGGGAAAUUUGCUGACUAGCUUUUUGCUGAGGUGUAGAUGCAAAGAUUAACACAUUCUUGUGUGCGGAUGCUAAAUAUGAACCCGGGAGAGGGCUAGCUUAGCAUAACAUAAAGACUGGAAACGAGGGGAAAACAGUCAGCCCGGCUCUGUCCAAAACUAAGACAAUCCUGCACCUCUGAAGCAAACUAAUUAAUGCAAAAACCAAAGAGGUGCAGGAUUUAGUCAGUUUUGGAUCCCGAACCAGGUUAGCUGUUAGCUGCAGGUUGCACCUCACAUACAUCACCAUCACUAAAAAUGAGAUUUUCCACGACAACUAAAUAUCCAGCCUCAGAGUUUAGUUUAACAGCACCUAAUGUUGGCAUGAAGGUGCCAGACCUGUCCACUACAUAGGAAGCUCUGGCUAGCAGUCAGUUAGCUUAGCAUUAAGACGAGACACUACGUUAAUCAUGUCAGACAACUAUAACAUCUACUGUAUCAUAAAAAAAGCUACUUUUAACUCAUUUCAAAAGCUGUAGAUGCAUUUUCUAAUCCACAUAGCUAGAAUUUACAUUUGUCCUUGCUCUUUAUAUAUAUAUAAAUACGUAAAAUACUAAAUAUACUCAUAAAACUGUGGUUUGUCUUCUACUAACUCAGCAAGGAGAUAUGUCAUUUCCAGCUACCUUCAUUGAUUAGGAAACAGAUACAGUAUGGAAAAUGGGCUACGUAUCUUCUUCAUUGUUCACCAGAAGAGUAUUUUUAUCAUCCAAACCUACAAAAAAAAAAUCAAUAGUUCAUGAAACAUGUGGUCCAAACAUUUUGAAAUUUCAAGUGUUUAUAGGUGUUUUGAAUAACUGAUUGGUCAUUCUGACUGGUGAUUAAUAGUCACCCAGUAGGGAAUGGAAACAUGACAAUGCUUAAAUAAUUGUAAUAAUAAUAUUAAUAAUAAUACAGUCUCAUGAAGGACAAUCAUAGUGUUGCAUUUGAUUCUACAAACAGAAUUAGAGUUUAAGAGAGAAGCUGAAAUCGUCUUUUCCCACCUAAAUACAACUGAAACUGUUCAGCUCUGUUUAGGUUGGAAAGUGAUGCUUUACAAAAAUAGUUGGGCUCAGCAUCCCUGGAGUAUACUGACUGCUUAAAUCUUCUUUUUAAAAAAAAAAAGACUUUUCUGGGCUGGCUGGGUACAUAUAUUUGGGAAAACGUCUGCCUAGCACCGUGACCUGAAUGUAAUCCAUAAUAAUACACGAGCAUAACUGGAUUGACCUCUUUAGUCACACCUACAGCUGAUUAUGAACCCUGCUGCUACCGAGCUCCUCACAAGUCCUGCAGUCAAACCUCCUGUUCUAAAACUGUACUAAAUACGGUGAAGUGGAAAAAUAUGUAGAAUGGAAUUGCACUUUACUUCAUAGUACAACAUGCAUUCAAGUGCUACUUAAAUAUAAGUAACACUGAAUAAAGAAUAAAGUCAUCUAUUUUUCUCAUUGCUGUGUUUUGAUCUAAAGUUUAAAUCCCUGAAAUAGCACAAACACCUAUUUCACUCUACUGUUAACAUACAUUUGGACGGCACUGGAUGCCUCACAAAUUUUAGAAUAUGCUCCACACAAGACCUAUACAACAAAAGUAAUAAUGUCUUACAACUACAUCUUGACACAAUGUCCCUCCACUAAUCUGUAGAUAAUGAGCUAAUAAUACAAGAACCACUUCACAUAACACAUUUGUAAGUAAUCCAUUUACCAAAACCACUGGAUGAACCCGGAGCUUUGGAACAACUCAGCAGUUUGUCUGGUUGGUCAAUCCUGUCUGCAGUCUUUAUGGUAAAGUGUGGUGAAGAAAUCACGUCAUCAUUAUGAAUCAAAUGACAAAUGGGAUUAAAACUUCCAUUAUUCACUCUUUUCCCUCAGUUACUUCACAAAUAGAUCAUCAUCUCUCAGUUCAGUUUUGAACGGUUCAUGGUUCGGUUUUUGCUUUAGAAUGUGAUUUUUGAACAAAAACUGUUAAAAAAGACGAAGAUUCUAAUUGAACAGCUAUUUUGGCAACUUUGGAGAUAUCUAUGUGAAGUAUGCAUAGACAGAAGCCACAGGCCGAUGUAUUGAUGUGGAUGUUCAGCAUCAAGAGCAGUUUUUAAACUGAAUACAGACAAUAUGUUGUCUAUGACAUUUUGCUUAAAGGUAAUGUGUAGCGUAGCUGAUAAACUAUUGCGCCGUCUGAUGUACUAAAAAUAAUGUGACUGAACUGUAAUAGUGAUUAUAAUCAUUAAACAGACUUACAAGGUGCUUUAGAAAACAUUAAAACAUACAAAACUUUAGAGAGCAACAACAGUUUAAAAAAAAAAAGGCAAUAAAACAUUAGUAAAAACAAGAAAAGCACUCAGACAACACAGUGACGCUAUGAUACGGAAAUCUUUAACAAAUCCGUGGAUCCAGAUUAUAAACUGCAACACUGCUGAAAUCUAAUGACCUUGUGUCAUUUCUGACCUUCCCUGAAAACUUCAUCCAAAUCCAUUAUUCCGUUUUUGAGUAAUGUCGCUAAGAGACUGACAAACGUACGCCGAUUGUCACACAACUCCACCAUGUUCAUUGGCAGAGUAACAACGAAUUAUUAAAAACAGUGAUGACAAAGCAUUAGGAAAGGGAUACAAUGUUAUAUCAAUUGUGUAUCCAGGUGAGUUUUUUUUAAAGAUUUUUGAACUAACAGAUUAAUUGAGCUGUUCUGACAGUCAGGGGGAGCAUUAUGGGGCUAAAAUAGGAAAACGAUUACCCUGUAUUUAAAACCUGCACUGUGGGACUUCCAGCAGUAACAGAGUCUCUGUUUGAGGGGUCGAGGUGCAGAAUAAGGUGUGAAGAGUUCAGAAAUGUAGAGUGGAGUCAGACAACGUAGUGAUUUAAAAGUAAUCAGCAGAAUCUGAAAUUGAAUUCUCUACAUAACAAGGAGCCAAUUCAGCCAGGACUGGAGUUAUAUGUUCUCUGGGUCAGUGACCACCCACAUGUGCAGAAUACAGAAAUGAAAAACGAGAAAGUUUGAGUCAUAUUUUAUUGUAAUUCUAAAGCAAAAACCCAAACAUGAAAAAUGAAAGAGACAAUUUCAAACCCACUUUUCAUCUGAUUCAUUCUGGUGGUGCAAAUCAAACAAGUAACUGAAGUGUCGCACAGAUCAGCAGCCAUCUUUUCAUUUACCUCUCACAUAUAAAGCGAAUAGACGUUAUUUCCCCAAAGUGUCAAACCGUUCCUUUAACUAACACCCAACACACAAUAACACACAGAGACACGUGUGCGCUCAGAGUCGGUUUAUUUAGAGCACCACGGAUUGCACAGCACACGGUGGUCCACUGUCACUCUGUUUGUCGCUCAGCAGGAGUUCAGGAAAAGUGGGUGUUUAAAAAGUUACACUUAGUAGUAAAAUGAUAAAUUCUGCAUCUAUGGCGCGAUAGUGUUGCGUUAGCCUUAGGGUGUAUAUUUCAUUGCAUGGGUACUUUCUUAUUGUGUACGCGUUUUUGUGACAGGUGGACACUGAGGGUUUUGUGUUGCCCAGAGGCAGAAUUUAUGAUGAAAUGAAACCCCAGAUUUCUAAAUAUCACGUUGCUAAUUGUAACCUUUGAAGCACCUGCACUGCACAGCGUGUUGGAGUUGGUCCCUCAGCAAUACUCAGCAAGAAAAAUCACUGGAAUUUACUGCUGUUUGUUUGUCGCCGACUCCUCCUGACAGAUGCAAGAUUGUUUUUACAGAUAGAUAUUUUUAAUUCUCGGUUAUUUUACCAUGCUGAUUUUUAAAUGAGCUCAGAGGUUAAACAAGGGGAAGGAGGGAGGGGAACGAGCUGAAGGCUGCAAGACGCGGAGGGGAGAAUCAAGCUUUCUCCUCUCGGCUAGCCGUGCCAGCUGUCUCGUUUGUUGAUGCAGUGUACUUUUCUUGCUCCACAUUCUGUUCACCCUCAACGGGAGCCUUCCUGCUUCUUCUUAGUCCAAUUUUCAGGCUUUUAACAUGUCAUAAGUCUGCUCCUGAACUGUGCACUCUUUAGGUUUAACUCAUUAUUGUGAGGUACUGGCUGGAGUUGUAAGCUGCUUUUGGUUUUAUGGCUGGUUAUGCAGACAUUCUUGAAGCGCACGCUCGCAGUAAAGCAUUUCUUUCGGGCUGGUUUGUCAGGAUGCUGCCACAGAAAGCGUCUCUACAGGUGGUGACUAGCAGCACACUGCAAAAAAUGUUGAACCAAAGACGAUGAUCAGUGCGCCUUUAGUAGAAGCACCUCCUUUUUGUGUCAUACCUGAUCUGAUUUUCAUUAAGAAAGAAAAGUCAUUGUAUCCAAAUUCAUGUUUGGCACGUAGAGUGCAGGACAGAUUCAACUGUUUAGAUAUGCAGUUAAGAAACAGGGAGGUUAUUUGGUUUCAGACUGCUCCUGCUUGAGCAGCAGUGAUGUAAAUGGCACAAAAGAAGAUUAAAAAGUAAAUAUAUAUGUAAAAUGUUCCUAGUUUGGAAGUAAGAAAAAGGACGCGUAUGUGUAAAGUAAGACUUCCAAUCGCAAAUUAAGCAUACAAUUCACUAAAUUGUGUAGCGACAUUUUGUUAUUUCUGUUGACUUUUCGAUGUUCAAAUUCAUUUUGACACUGUGGGAGCAAACGUCAAGAACCGUCAUAACCAGCCAAUCAUUGUGAACGCUUGGCAUUCUUUGAUUACUGCAAGCACAGCUGGUACGACUCCACUUCCUCCUCCGGCUGAAAUCGUGCUACCUGAGGGGUUGGAUCUGUACUUCUUGGAUCACACAAAGAGUUCAAGUCGAGAAAUCCUAGUUGUGAUUUGUGGCCAUUCUAUUUCACUAUAGUAUUUUUUUAUUUUUUACUUUUUAUUUUUUAUAUUUCUAUAUAUAUAUAUAUAUGCAUUUAUUUAUGGUGCUUUUUAUGAUGUUUGUUCAUAAGCCUUAAUUUAUUCAGUUGCCAUCAAUGACAAAUAAAUAAUGAAAAUGGAA